AAAUCUAGGUAGCCAAAACGACGCUACUUGGAAUCGUUUCACAGCCAAAGGUGAGAACCGGAAGUUUCUCUCUUCAAAACCCUAAUUUCCUCAUUUUCAUUGAUCCCUCAAAACCCCGAUUUCUAUUCCUUUGUUGAAAUUAGAAACCUUAAUAUAUAGUUACUAUUAAGAUUUUCCAUUGUUGUACAUUGAAUUUUCUGCACUUUCUUGCUGGGGGAAAUCUUUCUGUCUGUUUCUAGGGAAACUCGUAUCUGUUUUAUGUUGAUUUAUGAUCAGACUUGGUUAAGAUCACAUUUUACGGUUUUUCUUGAUCUGGGUGUCUUGAAUUUGGACGUUUCUAAAUUGGGUUUUUGAUGUUUUUGAAGUUUAUGAUUGUUCUAGCCUUGAUGGAGCUAUAAUUUGUGUUUAAUAUGUGGCAUUGUUGAUUAAAUUUAGCUAGGUUUUGGUGUUGGAGAAAAGUGCGGAUUUUUAAGUGAGAAAGUGAAGAAAAGGUUUUGAAUAAAUGGGGAGGCCAUUGUUUUAUGAGAUUGUGGAGAAACCGGCUACAAGUUGUAUAAUUGGAAUAUGUAGUGCAAUAUGGUUUUAUAUACAGAAGAAAAAUAUAGGGUAUUCACAUGUGGGUUUGAGUUAUGAAACUGCCGUAGAAGGGCACCAUUGGAGGAUAAUUACGUCAGCUUUUUCGCACAUAAGUGUUCUGCAUCUUGUUUUCAAUAUGAGUGCACUUUGGAGUCUUGGUGUUGUAGAACAAUUGCAGCAUAUGGGUCUUGGCGUGGCAUAUUAUCUUCACUACACACUUAUUUUAGUUGUGUUAUCCGGUGCUCUUGUCUUGGGGAUGUACCAUAUAUUGAUACAAAGAUUUAAGCUUGAAUAUUUUCGAAGAGUGACUGCUGUUGGGUACUCUUGUGUUGUUUUUGGGUGGAUGACUAUUCUUUCUGUGAAACAACCCUCUUCAAAGUUGGAUCUCUUUGGAUUUCUUUCACUACCCAUCAGUUUUGCACCAUUCGAGUCAUUGAUUUUCACUUCUAUUAUUGUUCCACAAGCUAGUUUUCUUGGGCAUUUGUCGGGAAUCAUUGUUGGGUAUGCUAUAGCUUGGGGUUUGAUUCACGGGAUGAAUAAUUACUGGGCACUUUCUAUGUUGGGAUGGAUUGUGCUUGUGUUUGUGUACAGUUUGAAGCGGUCUGGUACGUAUGAUUUCAAUUUUCUUGAGAUAGAAUCUGUCACAGAUCCAUCCUUUCCUUCUGUCCGGUUUAUUGGAAAUGGUAGAACCUUGCAGAUGAGUUCAAUUCCAGCUGAAGGCAUUGAAAUUGUCUAACUUUUGGUCAAGCUCUUACCCUUAUAUCUUGACUGUUGGUUUACACAUUCAACAGUUAGCGGUAAUGAUGCUAUAAGAUUCUACCAUGCCAAGCAGAUGGUUAGCCUUGACAUUACUGAGAUGUUACCGGUUAUACAUGCUUCUUGGUGCGAAUUUUGGCUUCUUCCAUUGGUAAAUGUAUGCUGUUGCCACAAUGUGAUUUGAGAGAUUACUAGUUAUCAUUGUUCUUUUCUACUUUGUUCAAUUGUAGACGUGUCUUCUUUUCUAUAAUAUUUUUAAAAUUUUUUCUUUGUCUAUCUUUUAUUUUCGAUUAUCUGCUGUCUACAUACUGUCCCUCCUUUUUUUUCUAAGAAAUGAUAGAAUGAGUUUGUUUGAAGUUAACACGGAGCAAAUUCGGAUGUGGAAAUUGUAUGUUAUCACAGAAUUUUUUGUAUUUUUCCUUUUAAUAUUUUCACUCUUUUUUUUC